AUGCCGUUGAGUCGGAGAGCGUCUCCAGAGGCGCACCGAAUGAUGAGCGAAGCAUUCGCGGAUCUCGAACGAAUCAUCAUUGUCGCCGAUAGAGCGCAGCUAAAGGAUCUGACCCUUAACGAUGUUCGACAAGCUGCUCUCCAGAUUGAACAACAGCUCGCAGCAAGCCAGUCGCUCCGGAACAUGCGAAGGUUAGCACCAUUAUUCGCCGGCUUGGGUCACUACUCUCAAACAAUUGAGGUUUUGUGUAAUGGAACGCCCUACCUGCCCUGGAUAUGGGCUCCGAUAAAGCUUGUGUUGAAGAUAUCUGCCGAUUACACCGAAGCAUUCGAAGAGAUUAUCAGAAUCUAUAGCAAGCUAGCUGAGCCGCUGACUCGGUUCAGCUUUUUGCAACAGCCUUUCUCAAGCAACCCGGAAGUCCAGAACGCCCUGGCCGUUUAUUACUCCGACAUCCUCAAGUUUCAUGGGGAGGCCUAUAGCUUUGUCCGACGAAACGCCUGGCAACGACUGUUUGCUACCUCGAGGGGUCGUUUCCAACGGCGAUUCGACAACAUCCUCGCCGACCUCAAAGCACAUGAGAAACUGGUUGACAAAAUUGUCAUCGCCGCCAACAUAUCCGAAGCAAAGGAUAUGAGGGAGAAACUGGAAGACUGGAGACAGCAAGAAAUGAGCAAAUUCAAGAAACAAGAAGAGGACCAAACAAGCACCGAGUUUCAUGCCAUCCUGAGUGUCCUCAGGGUCGAUGAGACUCACCAGAUCAGGGUCUUCGACAAUCUUACUGCUGAAGCAAACCAGCAUCCCGGAUCCUGCGGCUGGAUACUCAAGCAACCGAAGAUCCAAGCAUGGGCCAGAUCUGACCGUGAUACCCAACUCAUCGUACUUCAUGGCUGCGUCGGCAGCGGCAAAAGUGUCUUGGCCGCUCAAAUCGGGACAUUUCUCCGAUCUUCAGAGCACUCUUUGGUAGUGGCACACUUUUGCACAUAUAUCUAUCCCGAGUCAACAGACUAUAACGACAUAAUGCGGUCCUUGGUGGUACAGAUUAUUCGCCAAGAUCCAGAACUUAUCGCGUUAUCCUACGACUGGCUUGUAUUGAAGAAGAAAAGUCCAAGUUGUGCCGUUAUGGAACAACUUCUUCGCCUUUUGGUCGAAGCUUUGGGGACUUCGCCAUCUCAGCAGAAGACGCUUCAUAUUGUUUUUGAUGGGUUGGAUGAAUGCGAUGACAGCACGAUAAGUAGCGUUGUGAAGACUCUCGAUAGGCUGGUUGCCACCGCUUCGUCUUCUGGAGCAACUAUACUCAAGGUGCUUUUAUGCACUCAAAUGACGCCUGCUGUUGCCAAAGUCGUCAAUAGGAAGCGCAAAAUCUCAUUAGCGGAUGAGGGAAUCCAUCUAAACCGGGCAAUUCAAGAUUACACCCUGCAGAGGAUCAACGCCAUUCGCCCGAAUCUUUCUCAGCUGGGCAUAACGGAUGAAGAUAUAACAAGGUUGGCAUCACAAAUUACGGAAAAAGCAGACGGCAUGUUUCUCUGGGCCAAGCUCGUCAUGGAGUUCAUAAGCAAGAACCUCUUUUACAGCCGCGAGGAGAUCUUGGAAGCUGCCAGUAAGCUUCCUCGAGAACUUGGAAAGUUCUACGGGCGGAUAUUGUCGCAGAUUAUGACAAACUUUGACGAAAGAUCUGAGCAAAGGAUCAGUUCUGUCCUAAGCUGGAUAUCAUUUGCCAAACGGCCACUCCGCUGCCCAGAGCUCUUAUCCGCCUUGGCUUUUGAUGCCGGACAUGAACAGGUGAAUGAACUGGUCCCGGCCUAUAUCCUCGACCGCUUUCUUCAGAGCUCUGAUAGCGCACUCUCAAUCACGGAAACUCAUUCGCAGAGGCAACAUGGCUUAGCUACUGUCCGUUGUCUCCUAUCCUGCCAAGAGAUUUUUGUGCCCUCAUAUCCAGAGGUCGAGCGGGUUGGAAGAAUACUUCGUGGAACUCAUGGCUUUCUCAUGUAUGCCACUCAAUUCUGGGUUGAUUACCUUUUGAAAGACCUUGACCAUGACCGAGGUCGCUUCUUCGAGUCGGAAAUCUUUGUGCUAUCUUGUCGUCUGGCCGAAGCAUUUACCGGCGCGAGACAAAGUCUCGAAGAGGCUGAUGGUGACAGACCCGAUCCACGGCUUGCCUUGAUACGACAAAGGCAUUACCCUCUGUACAUGAUGGCAAAAGCGUUAAUCUUGGAGCAAAACAAAGACACAUUAAGAGAUGUCAAUCGGUAUCAAGCGGUGAUUCGAGGAUUGCUAGACUGCCCCAACUAUCCAGGCAUCACAUUUCAAGAGCUUGAGCAAUUUAAGCAAGCUUUUCGGACAUCGGCAUUUACAUGUCGACUUUGGUCGUGUCCACAUGCCGUCGUCGGCUUCAACAACAUCGACUGCCUCACUCAGCAUGAGAAAGACCACGUCAAGCACGUCUGUCGGUUUCCAGGCUGCCAAUAUCCUGUAUUUACGUCAGCGAAAAUGCUCAAGGACCAUAUGGCCAAGUGGCAUGCCGAAGGAAGAUAUCAAUGCCAGACGAAGGACGAGCAUCAGAUCUAUGGUCAAAGACUCACUCUGCAGAUUCACAUGCAGAUACUUCUGAGCAACCUUCUGGUGAUGACGGUUUUGGCGCAGCACCACCUAAUGAUCAACUCAUACCUGUCAGUCGGACUUCACGCCUGCGAUCCUACUCAUUAUCACCAGAAUUUGGAGCUUCACCACGGCCCCCACCUGAUGAAACGGCUGAGACGCGAAUGA